AACGGGCUGCACCGGGCUGUCCCGCUCCGCACUGGGCGGGAACGCCAGACUGUCACAGAAACACCUGAAAGCUGAAAUUUGGGACUACCAGGAGGGCUGCUUGACUGAGGACAACAGGAUCGGGACCCUCCCUGCCAGGGAAGUCACCAAUGGACUGUGGACACUUAGCUGGCAGCAGCGAGGAGAUCUCCAGCCCGGGCGUAGAGCCCGAUUCCCUGCUGCCUUCUGCUGCCGGCGGCAAUUCCUGCCCUCCCUUGGUGGGUGGGCAGCGGGCUGGGGCACCCCCGGGCCGACCCGCGGCCGCCAACGCCGCUCGGGAGCGCAGCCGGGUGCAGACCCUGCGCCACGCCUUCCUCGAGCUGCAGAAGACUCUGCCCUCGGUGCCGCCCGACACCAAGCUCUCCAAGCUGGAUGUGCUCCUUCUGGCCACCACCUAUAUCGCGCACCUCACUCGCAGCCUGCAGGAUGAGGAGGAGUCACCGGGAGAGGGCUUGGGCACCCUGCGAGGGGAUGGAUACCUCCACCCUGUCAAGAAGUGGCCCAUGCGUUCCAGGUUAUACAUUGGAGCCACAGGACAGUUUCUGACUCACUCGGCACAAGGAGACAGCGCAAACCAUGGGGAAACAUCAACAACUUCACAAAUCUAAUCUCCCUUCUGGCUUUUAAAAAAAUUGUUAUUUAUUACACCUUAUAUAUAUAUUUAAGUUAAAAAAUAAUAUCUAUAGACAAACUACAAUUCCUGAAAUACUGUUUGUGGAGGAGAAUGAAUUGAUUCUUAAAUGUAAUUAAUACCUCAUUAAGUUAACGUGAUGCAUUUCUAUCAGAGGACAUUGCUGGGAUCUGAAUGACGGGAUCUGGAGGCGGCAACUGCAGCCACCAACACGAGCAGCAGCCCAAAGGCAGAGCUGCCAGCAGAGUAGGUAUCCUUGUUCCCUCUGGGACAAGUGCUGAG